AUGACACCUUUCAUGUCUCCCAGUCGAGAGAGCUUUCCUCCCCCCGCAUCUAGGAAGAAAGGCUCGGAAUACUUCUCCUCGAUUACUGAUGGAAUUGCCAAGAGGAUCAGUGGUCGCUUCAUUCGAGCCGAAGAUAACACCCCUACCGCAACCAUCAGCACCUCGCCAUUCGUAUAUUGGAAAACGCAGGAACUAGUGUGGAAAUGGGACCAACGGAAACUCUGCGGUGCGCGAAUGAACAUGCUGCUCAACUCGUCGCUGCUCCCGCACGGCCACGCAUGGAAUGUUCCUGACAAGGAUAACAUCUUCGUCUCUGUUGGACCACUGGGCGUGAUUGUUCACGAGCCUGCACAUCUUAGAAAUCUUGACUGGUCUGAAUGUGCGAUCGGCGUUUCUCAAGACGAGAAAGGAUCUGGUGCUAGAAUCAUUCUACAGGGCCGCACUAAGAGAGAAUCAGGCAAAAGCCUGAGCAAGCUCCUCGUCCGUUUCAAAGACCCGAUUCUCCCUCAGCCUCUGCUUCCACCCAUUUCUUGGUCAACCGAAUUCUGGAUGUCAGAUUCCGUGGUACUCGACCCACGUUUGGAUGAGGGGGAGCUGAUUAUUGAAGGUCUUCAACUAAAUGUCAGUGGCUCAGAAGAAUAUCUUUAUAUCGGACUUCCGGGGACGGAUUUCGGCGCUCUGUUCAACACACUCAUUACUUCAUGGGGCACUAGCGAGGACUGUUUUAAGUAUUCCUGUGGGUACUUCUGGCUACUUGCAUCCAUCAGCCCUGUUCACUUGGCUCCAGAAGCCCACGGCUCCUCUUUUCUAUUGGAAAAGUAUCCCCUCUCCUUUCGCGAGCAGAUGAGAGGAGAAUCUUGGCUUGUUGCAGCCAAAAUUACGCUCAAGCUGCAGAGGCCAUCACGUCUCAAGUCGAGGCUCCAGGUCCAGGUUCACGCCAUCUCGUCUGGCUGUGUGACCUCAACUCGACGACCUGCCGGCUUUCAAUGA